GUUAUUGUGAAGGACCACACAGGAAACAGUAUACUGCGGCAUUGUCUUUUAACGCCGGCACACAUUCGAGCAACAAAAUGAAGCCUUUACUUUCAUUUCAAGCCGCAAUUUCUUCUGCUUUGCUGUUCGUGUGUAUCGACUUGGGUCUGUGUAAUAACGGGAGAAGGGUUGGAGAUGUUUCGGACGCAGAACUCAGUGACUUCUCUUUUCCUCUAGAACAUUCUUUUGAAGUUGAUGACCUAGCCAAGUUCCAGGUGCGCGGAUCCCUGGUGCUGCGAGCCGGGAGGGAGCCCGGCGUGUCGCUAAGUCAGAGCCAGCUGUCUGAAGCCGACAGAGUCAAGCUGAAGGAAGUGGCGGCAGUGGACGGUCUGUACCGAAUCCGAGUGCCCCGGGUGUCCCUGCAGGCUGACAGACAGACGGAGCGGCAGAUGGAAGGUUACCUCACCGCCUUUGUCAGAGCUUGCGCCAUGGUGGAGUCCCACCUGAGCGACGUCAUCACCCUCCACACCGACGUAUCGGGCUACGUCAUCGGCGUCUCCAUCGUUACCAUGCCAGGAGCCUGCAGGGGCGCCGAGGUGGAGGACGAGGUGGAUCUGGAAGUCUUCAACACCACGCUCGGCGUUAUGGCCCCCGUCAACGCACCCGGACCUGAGACGGCUCUCUUCCUGGAGCGCAUGGAGCAGGAGUCGGAGAAAAAAGGGAAGAAUCCACAGGAGCAGAAAUCUUUCUUUGCUAAAUAUUGGUAUUUGAUACUGGGAGGCGCUAUCUUCCUCAUGGCCACCAAUUCGGCACAGCCCCCAGCAGGGGGAGGCAGAGAGCAGAGCUGAUGCCCACCGAAUGGAUGUACAUCGUGCCUCUCGUCCUCUUCCUGAUGAUGUCCGGCGCUCAGGACCAGUCAGGGGGCGGAGCUGGGGGCGGAGCCGCCAACGGAGGUGGACGGUGAUCUGACAAACUGAUAACAAGUGAUUGAUUUUUUUUUUUUUUUUCUUUGCAAAUAUUUUGAAGCGCUGUGAAGACGGGAGAAUAAAGUAUUUAUUAACAACU